AUGAGCGGCACACCGCUCAUCGUACUUCAAAUUUACUUCGAAGACCCUACUGCGGAGUUUGACGCGCCAAAGGCCUCCUCCGACCACAUCGAGAACUUGGCACGAAGCCGAUUUGUGGGUCGCGAGAGCGCAUUGCUGGCCCUACGAUGUGGCUUCCGUCAUCUAGGAAGCAAGGAGUCCACGAAGGAGCUUGCAGAUUGUAAACGUCGCAUCGCAGCGUUCACGAGUUCUCGCGCUGCUGAGAUUGUGAUUGUGAUUAACACUCACGCAGACCCUGGCAAAGGUGGUCUCUACUACACCCCUACACAUACAGUGAGCCUUGACGCUAUGUUGGACCACCUUUGUCGCGACAUGUCUCCUCGGAAGUUCUUGCGCAGCACGCUGUUCCUGCUAUGCUGUGGUGGACUGGUUACACACGCCUUCGACGAAGUUAGACGUGCUAGUCAAGCGUUCAACUCUGUCUUCGCGUUCGAUGCUUCGCAGGUUGAUCCCGUCGUCGUCAGCGCUAAUUUCGUGGCCACCAUACUGGAAUAUGGCGUUUUCGGUCGGGAGACUAUCUGGAACGCCUUUCAAAGGGCGGGGAACUCGGAUGUGCUGUUCCACACUGCCGUCUAUGCCGGAAUUGAAGGCAAGAUGUAUCGAAUGCGCUAUGCCCCUGUUCGUCAUCGACCAAACGGAGAAGACGUCCUUUGCUGCCUCCAAGAGCCGAAAUACGUGAAUAUAGACGAAUUGAAGCAACGUGUUCUGUAUCGAUGCCAGCAGCGUUGCCACAAAGGCCCUCGACGCUUCAUUGUGAAGCUUUUACCCACGGACGAGGAGACGCGAUGGGUCGUUGGGGAUGUAGGCCAACAUCGCUACAUCACUGUAUCUCUGGAUUCGGGCAAGUGGGCGACGCAGUAG